CAGCUAUCCUGCAGAAGAAAGACGUGAUCUUGGCCACAUUAUAUUCUCAAGUAUCAAAGCCGGAUGAGUGUGUAGCUCAGUGUCUAGACGAUGCUCAGACAUGGUGCCUUGUCAGACCCAUGUGUUGCUGAAGUGGCAGGACCACUUCAAUAGCUCCUGGGCCGCAGAAGACAGUGUGCAGACGGCCGGGAGGGAUGGAGCCGCCGUGCUCUACAGCAAGCUCCUCCACAACAAGGAGGUGGUGACUCUGGCCCAACCCGUCCAGGAGCUCGUCGGCCCGCGCCUGCCCGACUUCGAGUGCGAGUCCAGCGCCUCCGCGGAGAAGGAAGAGUACCUCUCGUCGCUGCUCCACAGCCAGCGAUGGCUGGCCCACCGGAUGCUGACGCAGACCUCCUACGCCGUGGGCCUCCACCGCCGGCUGGUGGUCCUCCAGAGGAUCUACUACGCGCUCCACAGCAAAUACCACGACCGGUUCCGCGCGCGGCCGCCCUCCCAGUCCGCCCAGUGCGGGACGCUCGGGCUGGCCUCGGAGCCCUUCCCGCUCGGGGGAGCGUCCAAAGUCAAGUCGGGCACGGAUGUUCUGAUCGAGAUGGGCGUGAGGACGGGCUUGAGUCUGCUCUUCUCGCUGCUGCAGCAGAACUGGAGGCACUCGGCCUCCGUGCACCCGGAGUCGGUCCUCUGCAACGACGUGCUCGCCACGGCGUCCUCCGUGCUGACCUCUCUGCCGCCGCUCUCUCUGGCCAACGAGAAUAAGAUCCCGUCGGUCGGGCUGGACUGCCUGGCGCAGGUGUCGGACUUCCUGAAGAAGACGUCCGUGAGCAGCGGGACCGGCGGUGCGGACCCGACCGGCCGGAGGCUGGCGCUGGAGCUGCUGCUCGGCCUGGCCAUGCAGAGAGGCUCUCUGAAGUUUCUGCUGGAGUGGGUGGAGGUAGCCUUGGCUGCUUCUAUGUCCUCAUCCUCCUCCUCCUCUUCCUCCUCACUUAGCUCCCAGAACUCAGCUGGCGUUGGCUUUGAUGUCAUCCAUCAGACCCUCCUCCAAAUGAAGCAGUAUUCGGGUUCCAGAGGGGAUUCCGUCAAUACUCAGGUGCUGAAGAAGGAUGCAGAUGGACUCUGCCGACUCUCCCAGGCUGCACUCUGCCUGUUUGAGGAGAUUUGUAAUCUAGCAUCCUACUGCCUGUGCUCCUGCAGCACGAAUGCAGCGGCUCCGGGUUCAGAGGGGGACACAGUCGUGGUGUAUGUGUGGGGCAGCAACAGCAGCCAUCAGCUGGCAGAGGGGACUCUGGAGAAAAUCCUGCUGCCAAAGCUGACUCAGGGCUUUAGCGAUGCCCAAAUGAUUGAGGCAGGACAGUACUGUACUUUUUCAGUAUCUGCAGACGGUUCAGUGAAAGCAUGUGGAAAAGGCAGCUAUGGCCGUCUGGGCCUGGGCGACUCCAACAACCAGUCCAUGCCCAAGAAACUGGUGCUGGAGCCACAUAGGAACAUGAAGAAGGUGUCCUCCUCCAAAGGCUCUGAUGGUCACACUUUAGCCAUCACUGUAGAGGGAGAGUUGUUCAGCUGGGGUGAUGGAGAGUACGGCAAACUGGGCCAUGGCAACAGUGUGACACAGAAAUACCCCAAAAUCAUACAAGGACCGCUGUUUGGCAAGGUUGUUGUGUGUGUGUCUGCUGGCUACAGACACAGUGCUGCUGUGACGAAUGAUGGAGAGCUUUACACCUGGGGAGAAGGCGACUUUGGCAGACUCGGUCACAGUGACAGCCAGAGUCGGAACGUGCCCACGCUAGUGAAGGACAUCAGCGGUGUCGGGCAGGUGGUCUGUGGCAGCUCCCACACCGUCGCCGUGGCGCAGGAUGGACGCACCGUGUGGUCCUUUGGGGGAGGGGACAACGGUAAACUAGGUCACGGAGACACUAAUCGUGUGUAUUGCCCCAAGAUCAUAGAGGCGCUGCAUGGAUUCAUCAUCAGGAAAGUGUGUGCUGGCAGCCAGUCAACUCUGGCCCUUACCUCUGCAGGACAGGUGUUUGCAUGGGGCUGCGGCUCCUGUCUGGGAUGCGGCUCGUCGGAGACGACCUCUCUGAGACCCAGGUUCAUAGAAGACCUGAGCAUCACCAAGAUCAUUGAUAUCUCAUGUGGAGACAGCCACUGUCUGGCUCUGACGCAUGAGAAUGAAGUGUACGCCUGGGGGAACAACACGAUGGGCCAAUGUGGACAAGGCCACACUUCCACACCAAUUACCAAACCCAAGAAAGUGCUCGGUCUAGAGGGGGUGGCGAUCCAGCAAAUCACCGCCGGCACUUCUCACAGUCUGGCUUGGACCGCAGACCCGACUGACAGGCAACUGGUGGCGUGGCACAGGCCCUUUUGUGUCGACUUGGAAGAGAGUACAUUCGCCUACCUACGCAACUUCCUCGAGAGCUAUUGUGACGGCAUCGGGAAUGACACCCCCCCUGCCCCAUUCUUAUCCAAAAGGGACCACCAUCAGUUUCUUUUGCUGUGCAUGAAGCUGCUUUCCAUCCACUUAUCCUUGGCCCAUGCUGGGGGCACUGGCGCCAUGGUUUUGGGGGCUCAGGGGAGGCCCCUCAGAAACCUGCUCUUCCGCCUCAUAGAUACCAAUAUGCCAGACUCCAUACAACAGGCAGUUCUGAGCACGUUGUCCAUCGGUGCAUCCCUGCUGCUUCCUCCACUGAGGGAAAGAACAGAACUGCUCCUGUCCCUGCUCCCUCAGGGCCCUCAGAGCAUAAAUGUCCCCUCCAAAGGACAGCGCCUGCAGUUAGACAUGGUCCUCAGCAGCCUUCAGGAUCAGAGCCAUGUAUCUUCUCUACUAGGUUACAGCAAUUUUGGGGAGGUGACAUCUCUGGGGCCCCCUCUGACACCGGCGACGUCCGCCCGGCCGCCCUCCUCAUCCAGCUCUGAGGCCUAUAACCCUCUGCACUUAGCAGAGGUGCUGCUCAGAACCCUGCUCCUCAGCAUCGGCUUUUACACGGAGCGGGCGUUUGGGGAAUUGGAGAAAAACAGUGACAAGAAGCUAUCAAAUGAGAGCCAGGGACAGACUGAUCCUCCUUGCCACUUCCACCAGCUGCUGUCUGGACUGCACAAACACCUGCUGGCACAUUGCUAUAUCCAUCCGAGCCCUGAGGAUGACAGCAGUGUAACGCUGCUUCGCGAGCAUCUUUACCUGCUGCUUCCCUGUGCUGCUGAGACACUCAGGAGAGCCACCCAACUGUUGAAGGAGAGUUCCCUGGAUAAACAAAUCAUCAAAAGCUUCACGGUAAGAAUGGUGUUGUACAGCUCAGUGGCUGGCAGCCUGCUGUGCCAGGUCAUGUACUCCUUGCUGCUGCUGCCCCUGGGCACAGUGCAACCCCUCCUGAGCCAUUUACUGGCCCUGUUGGAACAACUGAACGGGUUCAAUCGGUUGCUACCAGAGACGGGACUCCUGGAAGAACAGGAACUGAGAAUGGAGGCUCCGAAAACCUGUUCAGAUGAAAGCGAAGAUAACACAGGCCUUGGACAGCAGCAACAUGAGGAGGAGAGCAAGUGGGUCUGGCUGUUGGAUCUGGAACGGUCUGUGGCGCUGGCAGUCGGCCGUUGCCUCGGCGGUAUGCUGCAAGGCCCGCCGCCCUCACUCCAGGAGAAGACGUCAGAGUUCUGGCUAUCGAAUGUCCUCCUCAGGAACGGGCUUGAGAUGGACUUCGAACAGCUGGACCCGAGCAUGGCGUGGCUCACUGAGGUGGUACUGCUGGGCAGGAGUGAUGCCCGGCUGGCAGAGCUCAGUCUCAAUGAGGAAACCAGGACUUUACUGGAACUGGCAAUGGGAUCCUCCAGAGGACCUGCAAGCGGCCUGUGGCGGAACAUGGAGGACUAUGCUCACAGCAAAGAAUGGGAGAGUGGAGGCUCUGCAGGUGACGGUCUGCUGCAGACGGCGUGCCGCUGCAGUCUGGCUGCUCUCCUGAAACACACUGGACUGCAGAACGAGGCCUGUUGGCAGGACAGAUACGAGCCCUGUGAGAUGCUGUCGAACGUCUAUGAAACGGUUUAUAAAAUCAGAAGCGCACUGUUGGCCAAUAAAAACUCUCCAAGGAUUACUCGGGCGCAGACUGCUGUCAAACAGACCACGCAAACUCCCCAAAGUCCCGAUGCAGACGGGCAAGAGCCAGGAAGCUCAGCGGAGCAGGUGGGAAAGGAUCACGAGCCGCAGUCAGGAGGGCACUGCAGCUUGGAGCUGCUGGUGCCUCCGCCCCCCACCGCCAACCACAACCAGGAAGAGAUCGCGGAGGAGGACGCAUUCGGCGACAGUCAGAUGCACCUGUCAGAAGUCCUAGAAUCAUUUAUGGCCACCCGGGAGGCCAUGCAAGUACAGCAGAACGUGACAGUGUACGAAUCCUUUGGCACUUCCACCCUCCCCAGCAGCAUGGAGAGCCCAGUCAGCCCAGAGAGGGAGCUGGAUCUGAAGCAGCAGUGGGAGAAGCAGAGGGAAUCUGAGGAAAGCGUGGGUUUCCCUGCUGCAUGCCACCUGGUGGUGUCCCGCUGUCUCUUCCUCCUGCUGGGGGUCAGGCCUGCUUUUGUGGAACCCAGCGAAAGGGAGAAUAGUCAGGCUAUGAAUACUGGAGCAAGAAAAUCAACAACAGAAUUCCUAAUGAUGGCUGCUAACGGACAGAAACAGUCUGACCAAUCCAAAAUCUCAUUGGGAUCUUCCAAGAAUAAAAUGGGUUUACCUCUUUGCUCUCUGGGCAUCAUGAAAGACGCUUGGGACCGGCUUCGGCAGUGCAUCAGUCCGACCUCGCCGAUGUCCCACCACGGCAGCAACACGGUGCCUAUUCUGAACCAGGCGUUCCACUUUGUCUGUGGGAGCCUGACCCACUUGUCCUCCUCCUCCUCCUCCUCACCAACACUACCAAGUGGACAGACGUGCGCUCAGGCGGAUCCCAAGGCCAUUUCUUUUGCGAUACUGCAGCAGCAACAGAGGGCUGAGUUGCAUCUGGAGGCCUUCUGUCACAUGUCGUCCUUCCUGUCCAAGAUGGAGGAGGAGAGCACCGGCUUCACCGCCGCCCCUCAGUUUCCUGCCUUGUUGCCGUCUGUGCAGCUUCAGUUCCUCUCUGGAUGUUUUGCUCUGGGAACACAAUUCAUUGCCUCUCACUCUGGAGCUAAUUAUGAGAUGCAGCAUUACAUGUCUGGGACGCAUUCAGCAUCACUGGGUACGCAACGAGAGCUGCAGUCUGCUGCCCACAGCUUCUACCAGCAGGUGGUGCGGGUCCUCAAACAGAGGGUCCUGUUGGAGAGAGAACAUCCAGGUUCCUGCCAGCACCUUCUCCUGGCCACCAUGUUUGCCCUGAACUUCUGCUACCAACCAGUGGACCUGGUGCUGGUCAUCAAAUGUGGAAUCCUGGAAAUCCUUUCCAUGCUGACCAACGACAGCUGUGCGCUGAUGAACCAGGGCUGGUUUGCGGCCUCUAAAUCUGGAACCAUGCUGCUAAGUGGGGCUGUCAGACUAGCUUGUGCCCGCCUGCUUCAAAUAUUGACCGUGUCUGCGAGCUCCUGUGAGGAUUCGCUGCCUCUGGAUGUGUCCCAUGCUCUAAUGGAAGUGCUGUGCGAGCAGCUCCAACACAUCCUGUAUACCUUUCACCAGCAGCAGACCGCAGAGAGAGGAACUGCUGACAGGACAGAUCUGGACUCCUGCAGCAAGAGCACAAAUCCAAUUGGAGGGGAAAGCAGCAAAGUGGUUGAAUCUCAGCUUGCAGAUUUCUUGGUGUUUCUGAGGCGUGUCCUGUCAUUAAGAGUGAUGAAAAGACUUUCUACCUUUGUCAAGUGGAUUGAUCCAAUCAUGGCCAUUAUUUCACAUAAGUGCUCUUCAGGAUCCUCGUGCUUCCAGAACCUCCGCACUAAGCUCUUGGCGUUCCAUGUUUUGGAAAGACUGUUACCUGCCUGUUCUGAACCGGUUCAAAUUCAACAGAUUAUUCAACAACUAUUUCAGCUCUUGUCUGUUUAUAUGUGGAAGGAACCUCUAGCCGAGAAGAACCACGAGGAGACGGCUGAAAAAGAAAAGGGGAAACCUGGCAGCUAUGAUGAAUGUAUUCCUAUUGGAGAUUUUUCCUUUGACCCACACAAGCUGAUCUGCUGUUCUUUGGAGAGCGGGAACAUCCUCUCCCACGGCUCGGGAGGGAAAGGGUACGGCCUGGCAACCACAGCCAUCACAGCCGGCUGUUUCAUCUGGAAGUUCUAUAUUGCCAAAGAGAACAGAGGCAACGAGGCCACAUGCGUCGGUGUUUCACGCUGGCCAGUCAGAGAUCACAACCACCACACCACCACUGACAUGUGGCUGUAUCGGGCCUACAGCGGCAACCUGUACCAUGGAGGGGAACUGGUCCGCACACUUCCCUCGUUUACCCAAGGCGACACAGUCACCUGCAUCCUGGACAUGGAGGCCCACACCAUAUCGUUUGCUAAGAAUGACAAGGAACCAAAGUUGGCAUUUGAAGGUGUGGUUGCCUCUGAAUUGUAUCCUUGUGUGCUGUUCUACAGCAGUAACCCUGGAGAAAAGGUGGCACUGCGUGACCUCAAGAUGCGAGGCAUGCCCAGUCAACUUCUCCCCGGGGAGCCACUCUGCAGCCCUCGGACCACGGUGCUGCUGGAGUCCACAGUGCAGCUCCUCCGUCGGCUCCAUCGGUGUGACCAGUGGGCCUCGCACAUCAACCAGUACAUCCACACCCACCUGGAGCUCAUUGGUCCCCUGCUCAAAGAGGAUGACUUCAAUCCAGGCGUCGGUCCCACACACUCUGAGAGGGAAGAGCAGGAAAGAGACGGAGGCGUCGCUGCAGACGACACCGGGGACUUGUUGGGACGACGUCGGACCCUGUCGGAGACCAAGCUGGCCGCUCUCUGCACCGACGUGUGGCCGGUGCUGGCCCUGAUCGGAGGAGUGGACGGUGGCCUCCGGGCCGGAGGUCUGUGCCUGCACAAGCCCAGUGGACGCAGGGCCAUUCUGCUGGGAGUCCUGAAAGAAGGAAGCUCUCUCGCCAAGCUGCAGUGGGAGGAGGCCGACGUCUCCAUCAGCUCCGUGAAUUCUUGGUCACCCAGCGACACGCCGAUGGUCUCGUUGGAGCCCAGCGACGUGUCCUUCUGCGACGUCACCCCACUCGGAGGCCUCAAACCGACGGUGCUGUUAGACCUGAUUUACUUGAUGGGGCUGCUGGAGGAGCAGGGAUGGCAGGGGGCUCAUCCAGCCUCCAAACGGAAAUCCUCUGAGGAGAACAUUAGAGAAACUGAGAUGGCCGAGACAGACCCCGUCCCAUCUUCUUCCACAACCAAAGAUGCCACAACGCUUGUUGACCAUCAGGAGUUGACCCGUCUACCCGAGCUUCCCCAAACAUGCCAGACCUCCAAAGCGGAUGCCUUUGCACAUGAACUGAGAGCAGUUCGAGUCUCAUACCUCCUCAUUGGAGCUUUGAAAUCCCUGACUGUCAUUUUUAGUUGUGAGAAGCUAUCGGAUUUGCUCCUGGUGCCUAAACCUGACCCUUCCUCCUCAAUGAGUCCCGUUUCCAGCCCGAACCUUGAUCAGGCCAAGGCCGGCAGCAGCCAGUGGGAUGAGAGUGCGGAGCUGAGAUCGGUGCUUCAGUAUGUGGUGCAGAGCAUGGUGAAGUGGGCAGUGAGGCCCUGUCCCAUCAAACAGAGCGUGUCUCUUGUCGACCUGGAAAGGGCUCAGGUCAUGAUCUACAAAGGAGCCCUGAGCAGACUGCAGGACGACAAAGAACACAGAGAAUCUGGCCAGCGCUUGUCCUCUCAGCCCAUUUCCAAGUCCUCCAGCUCCGUGUCCUUGUACAGCGCGGGCUCAGAAGGCACCGCCAUCUUCGGCCAAUCGAACAGAGCCUCUGCCUCGUCCUCCAACGCCGACUUGGCGUCCUCUCUGCCAACGAACCUGCAGACGGAAGGCCUCGAUAACUUCAACCCCGUCUUUCCCAUCAGCCUCCUCCAGCACAUGGUCUUAACUCGGUUCCCCACGCUUACCGGCCUGGUUAGCGCGGCCCCCGCGCUGCACCCUCGCUUCAGCCUGGCCAGCUCUGCUUCUUGUGACGCCUUCACAGAGCAGCAGACUAGCUUCAUGGAACCAGGUCCCUGCAGCACACAGGCCAGGAGCAGCCUGGAACGGACACAAAUGUUUGUCACCAGUCGGUUGCUAGAAAUGGGAUUCUCUAUGACACAUAUCUACUGGGCCAUGGAGGCAGCAGAUGUAGCGGGGGACUUGGACUCUCAAACCAUCGAGGUGUUGGCCAGCUGGAUGCUGGAGCACCCCGUGAUGGACGAGCAGCAGGCAGCUGAGUCUGCGAGACCGGAGGGGGCUCCUGACACGCCGUCGCCAGACGGACCAGAGACGGUCCAAUGUCCCGAGCGCCCCGCCACUCAAAUCAAUGAAAGUCUGUUGCCUGGGCUCGACUGGAUAGAGAGGGAGAAUUUCUUGGACGUCCACCUCACGAGGAACAGGCCUCCUCCAGCGCGGCGGCGGCGCUCAGGCCCGAGUCAGAGGACUUCUUUUCGAAGGGCAGCAAAUGCCAUCUUUUCAGACUUGCCAUCACCCAACCGGCUCCCGCAGCUGUACCAACAGCACACAUCGGUCACUGAUUGGCCAGAGCAGGUGGAGUUUCAUCCCUUCUCUGCUGAGGAGUCUGAGUUGGGCUACAUGGAUGACCCGUACCAUGAAGAAACGUAUGAGGAUCUGCUCACCACGUCAUUCUUCAGCUUGGAAAGAGAUACGCUCCAGAUAGUGGAGGCUGGAGAAGAACACAGUCAGAUGGUGAAGUGUGAGCUGUGCAGCACCCUUACGCUGCAAUUUAACAACCACGUAAAGCGCCGCCACCCAGGCUGCGGUCAGAGUGCUGCACGUAAGGGCUACGACAGCACCGGGGCCUACGUGGACGUCUGGUUCAAAGGGGAGUGUGGCUCCAACUUCCCCUUCUACCUCCUCUGCAGCUCCUGCAGGGAGAAGUAUCUGGCUGCAAACCUGAGCAACACAAGUUCUAAAUAUGAAAGGAUUAAAGGCCUGACAUCCGAUUUGAUCGGCCAAUUGGACAGCACGUCUGAUGAUGAUUGGGAAAUUAGCCACAGAGACGAGUUUGACGCAGACAGGCUGACAGGACUGGAGGACUUUGGGCUUUUGCUGAGACCGCUGGGGCUGACUGAAAACAAGCUGGUGCCGGACCCCAUUGCCUUCACUGAGCCGGAUCCCCUCGGCGCCCUGGUGUACAGCUCGGCCGACCCGACGAGAGCGGCAGCUUCCAAAGGCAAUGCCCUCGUUGAGCAGAAGACGCCCCUGAGCCUCGGACAGCAGGCGGUAUCACUGAGGGACUCUCAUGAUCGACUAAAGGCUUUGAGAAGAGUCACCUCCACAGCCCAGAUUCUGCUCGCAUACAGCAUGGUGAUGAGAGCACUGUCUCAGACUGCCUCCAGUGCAUCAGUGUGCAGCCACUCAAACGGCCUGGAGUCCUUGGGUUUGGCAGAUAUCCAUAUCCUGGUCCGCCUGAUGACUCUGGCUGCAGGGGGCAGGGCUCACGGCAGUGUGGACCAACAGUUGGGCGUGAGGGGGCAUGCGACGGAGCGCAACGGCUCCACCUGCCUCAGCUUUCUUACCUCGGCCAUCGGCAGCGUGGUGUCCCACAGCCCUACGGCUUACAGGCAGCUCGUGAAAAUAUGCACUCGGGACCUGAUGGCGGCGGCUACAGGGGUGAACAUCGGGGCCGCCGGGGCCACCGGUGACCCGCAGCAAAGCAGCCGUCUGACCUCCAGUCAAACGGCCGCAGCCCAGCAGCAGGACUACGAUGAGCAAACUCCGCCUACAUUCCUAGUCACACAGAACCUGGUGUCCCUGCUCACCGAAAAGGGCGUGAAAUGCCACGGCCCGGAUAAGGCCGAACACGAGGCGAACGACGCAGGAAACCAAGGGGUGUCUUCUUCGUCCUCGCCCGCCUCCCCUUUACCCCACCCGGGUGCCCGAGUGGGCCCUCUGGAGCUGGCCAACGCCCUGGCGGCAUGCGUCCUGUCGGCGAGGCUGACCAGUAAACACCGCCAGUGGGCGGCGAAGCAGCUGGUGCAGGCGUUGGCUGCCACGGGAAGGGACGCUCACAACCGCCCCCAGACGUACAGCGACCUGGCUGGAGACCUGCGCAAAAGUUCUCUCAAGAGGCUGGAAGGACAUUACAACAAGGUGACGAGCUGUUCCUGGAACAGUGACCAGAAUUUGCUGGCUACUUGCUCGCAGGACAAGGUGGUGCAGCUGUGGAGCAUCAGCCAGCACAGUGUGGAAUUACACAGCACCUUCUCCUGCAUUACCAGUAAGGUGGAUCGAUCCAGCAGCGAGCGGGCCGGGAGAUGUCCCCACAUGUCUCCCGUGUACUGGAGCACAGGGGGAAACUUUUUGGCUGCCCCAGAUAACAAGCACAUCUCCAUCAUGAACAUCAGGGGAUCGCAUUGUCAUGUGGAGGCUCAGGUGUCCCGGGUCGCAGCCCUCUGCUGGGCUCAAACCUUCAGCUCGGCGGUUCUGGACCCGCCGACGGCCGGUCAGAACCGACCCGCCGAGAGUCUGCUGGUGGCGCGGCUGGACGGCUCUCUCUGCUGGCUGCAGGUCAAUCUGCAGCAGGUAGACCUGCAUGUGAUCAGCACCGAGCUCACCCGCUGCCACAGUAAAGAGGCCCCCCAGUGUGUCGCCUGGCACAGCGAGGACAAGCCUUUUGCAGUGGGCUACCUCAAUGGGAUGAUCCUAUUGGCCACGACUGAGACCCAUGAGAACGAGCAGCCUGCGGUGCUGUCUGUCUUUCAGGACAGUGUGUGUUCUCUAAAGUGGGACCCCACAGGACACUUGCUGCUCUGUUUGGGGAGGUCCGAGGUCGUGAAGAUACUGGGACGCUGUGGGCGGAACUGGGUGACCCUCCACUCCCUCGUUCACUCCAGCACCGUUAACGUCGCCGAAUGGUGCCCACUGGCCGGCAGAGGACCGGAUCCCAGGCUCAUGGCGGCUACAGGUUGUCAGAACGGCUCUGUGCACGUCUGGACUCUGCCGCAGGGCGGGACUUUUGUGUCUUUGCCCAACAUGUUGAACAGCUCCCGGCGCCAAGAUAAAAGCACUGAUGUCAAGCAGCAGAGUGCAAAAAGUGUGUUUGUGCUUCGUGGCCACAUCACAGGAGUGAAGUCGCUCUCCUUUUGCUCCAGUGGACUUGCUCUGGUCUCUGGAGGGAUCGGGGGUCUGCUCAACAUCUGGUCCUUGCAGGAUGGCUCGGUCCUGCAGACUGUUACAGGUCUGGGUUCGGUCAUCCUUACUACCUGGGUACCACAUUUGGGUGUCGCCGCCUGCUUCGGGAGGUCGAAGGAUGUUUUGUUGAUCUGCUGCACCCCUGAAUGGAUCAGUCAAAAUCACGUGCUGGCUUCCUGUCGCACGGUCCUCAGAAGCCAGAACAUCCUGGGUCUAAAUCGAGCGCCUUGUUUGGCCGUCUUACUGGAGAGGCUGCCCUUGUUGCUGCAGGAGCAGUACAGCUACGAGCGGGCCCAUGUGGCGGCCGGGGACCAGCUGGUCCACAGCGCCUUCCUGCAAAGCCUGGCCUCCCUGAGUGUUGGAUUGUCCUUAGAGAAACACCUGUGCCGUUACCCACGCCCUCCACACCACACGGGACCCGACGCCCCCUCCUGCCCGCCAGAGUGGAGCUGGCUCGCCACCUAUGCCACGACUGUCCGCAGCGCCGAGGCGAUCGCCAGCGGGACCGCCUUCCCGGAAUCCUUCAAUCAUUCCGAGUUUCAGGAGUUCGACGCCGUCGAAAUCGGCAAGGCGCUAGAUAAUAGUAAGUGGAGCUUCAGGAUGGACGAACAGCUGAUGUCAUGGGCCACCACCAAACCAGAGGACUGGCAACUAGGGGGCAAGAGUGAGGUCUACUUGUGGGGGAACGGACGUUACGGACAGUUGGCAGGAAUGGGAACCAACCUCAUGACGCCCACCCUUGCACCCUCUCUGUUACAGACCAUACAGGUUGUGUGUGGACAGAACUGUUCCUUCCUGGUCCAGUCCAAUGGGACGGUCCUGGCUGUAGGAGAAGGACAGUAUGGCCGACUGGGUCAGGGGAAUUCUGAUGAUCUAUACGUCCCCACGAUUAUAUCCGCUUUUCAAGGCUAUGUGGUGACGCAGCUGGUGACGUCCUGUGGAUCUGACGGACACUCCAUGGCCCUCACUGAGACGGGGGAGGUGUUCAGUUGGGGGGAUGGAGAUUUUGGAAAACUGGGCCACGGCAACAGCGAAAGGCAGAGGCGGCCGAAACAGAUCGAGGCCUUACAGGGAGAAGAGGUCGUUCAGCUUGCUUGCGGUUUCCGCCACUCAGCCGUGGUAACAGCAGACGGGAAACUGUUCACCUUCGGCAGCGGUGAGUCUGGUCGACUGGGUCAGAGGUCAACUUCCAAUAAGAUACUGCCUGAAAGGGUGGCUGCGCUAGAGGGAUAUCAUGUGGGGCAGGUGUCAUGCGGUCUGAACCACACACUCGUGCUCUCCCUUGAUGGAAUGGUUGUGUGGGCAUUCGGAGAUGGGGAUUAUGGGAAAUUGGGAACUGGUUCUUCGACAGCGAAAUUCUACCCUCAGAAAGUGGAGCAGCUUUGCAACAGGGGGAUCAAGAAGGUCAGUUGCGGGACUCAGUUCUCCGUGGCGUUGGCCAGUUACGGACACGUUUACACAUUUGGACAAGAGCUUCUGAUCGGCCUGCCGGACUCGAUGCUGAGGAACAAGUCCCGCCCCCAGCUGGUGCCGUCUCUGGAGGGGCUGUUCAUAGAGGACGUCGCCGUGGGCUGUGAACACUCGCUCGCCCUGUCCUCCACCGGAGACGUCUACGCCUGGGGCUGCAACAGCGAGGGGCAGCUCGGCCUUGGGCACUCCAACCCGGUGAAAGAGCCCACGCUCGUAACAACCCUCCAGGGGAAAAACGUAAGACAGAUCUCCGCUGGUCGCUGCCACAGUUCAGCCUGGACCACCCCGUCUACCUCGUUGAAAAACUCGGGUGGCUCUGGAAGUUUCCAGCUCGGCCUUCCCCAGUUAGUUCCUCCUCAGUACAACACUCUGAAAGACUGCAGCCCUGAUGUCCUCAGCAUGCGCCUCCAGGUGCUCUACCGCUUCUCUGAUCUCAUGUACAAGUCCUGGAGGCUGCUCAACCUGGACGCCAAGAAUCCGGUGUUCACGUCACGCUAUAGUUCAGGGACGACAGCCAUCAUCCGCGGGGAUCUCAGAGGUCUCCUGUCACCCAAGGUCAACACUCUGCCUCUCGUGCGCUCCAUCGGCAGGACGAUGACCCAGGGAAAAACGUACGGGCCACAGAUCACGGUGAAACGGAUUUCCACAAGGGGGCGUUCCAGCAAGCCCAUCUUCGUGCAGAUCGCCAAACAAGUGGUCAGCCUGAACCCUCUGGAGCUGCGGCUGCCAUCGCGGGCCUGGAAGGUCAAGCUCGUCGGCGAGGGAGCCGACGAUGCCGGAGGGGUGUUCGACGACACCAUAACUGAGAUGUGCCAGGAGCUGCAGUCUGGUGUCGUGGAUCUUCUGAUUCAUACUCCCAACAGCUUUGCAGAUGUGGGCAGUAACACCGACAGGUUCCUGUUGAACCCAGCGGCACUCUCAGAGGACCACUUGGUCCAGCUCCGCUUCCUGGGUAUCCUCAUGGCUGUGGCUAUCCGCACCAAGAAACCUCUGGACCUGCAUCUGGCUCCCUGGGUGUGGAAACAGCUCUGCUCGAUGCCGCUGGGAGAGCCCGACCUGGAGGAGGUGGACCUGCUCACCUACCGCACCCUGCAAGGCAUUCUUCACCUGGACAACAGUGGAAUCACAGAGGACAACUUCCAUGUGAUGAUCCCGCUGGACUCGUUUAUGGCCAACAGUGCAGAUGGAAGGCUGGUACCUGUCGUUCCUGGAGGUCAAAACAUCUCCCUCAACUUCGCCAACCGUACAGAAUACGUUGAGAGAGCUCUGGACUACCGGCUCCACGAAAUGGAUUCACAGGUGGCAGCGGUCCGAGAGGGCAUGUCCAACAUCAUCCCGGUGCCCCUCCUCUCCCUGCUGACGGCCCAGCAGCUGGAGCAGCUGGUCUGCGGCCUGCCGGAGGUCUCCGUGGAGAUGCUGAAGAAGCUGGUGCGUUACCGUGACAUCGCCGAGAGCCACCAGCUCAUCGGCUGGUUCUGGCAGAGCUUGGAGGAGUUCACCAACGAGGAGAGGGUGCUUUUCCUCCGCUUCGUCUCCGGCCGGUCCAGGUUGCCUUCCAACCCGGCGGAUAUCACGCACAAGUUCCAGAUCAUCAAGGUCGACAGGCCCAUCAACGGCCUCCCGACUGCGCAGACGUGCUUCUUCCUGUUCCGCCUGCCCCCGUACACGAGCCAGGCCGUCCUCGCCGAGCGUCUGCGUUACUCCAUCCACAACUGCCCCUCCAUCGACAUGGACAACUACAUGCUGACCCACAACACCGAGCCGGUGGACAGCUCCGACCCGGAGGACUGAUGGCGACGAACGGAUCUUCUCCCACGCCGCGCACAUUAUGCACUGAUUUCUAUUCGCCAAACCUGUAAGGUAGUGUGCUGUAUUGUUUAUAUGUUGGUUGACAUUAAAGAUACGUGUAGUUUUGGUUUUCCAAAUGUGCAAGGUGGUGUAAUUAACGCAGUGCUUACUCUGAAUCGGCACGACAGGGAUAGAGAACAAGAUUUUAAAAAUAUAUAGGCGAAUAAAGCCCCAAAAAGAGUUAAUGUGCCUGUUUGUUUGAAAAUAUGUAAUAAUUUAAUAACCCGUCCCACACAGAUAAUAUUAUUGUAAAAUAAAAGGGUGUUUAAAUAAGUA